AUGGCGCGUGAAUUUCAUGGAUAUGGUACAUAUUUUUUUUUAUAUGAGUUUUUGAAACGUAGAGAGGGAAAAGGCAAAAAACCAAGGGAUAUUGAAAACUGGAAAGCUUAUUUAUUUGGCGCAAUUGCAGUAAAAAGUAAAUUACAAACGGAUGGCUUUACGCCUCAAACAAAAAAAUAUAAAGGUGCAUUGGACUGUUUUGCGCAAACUUAUAGGUAUGAAGGGUUAAGAGGAUUUACUAAAGGAUUUGGAACUGUUAUGCUACGUGCUGGUCCCGUUAAUGCAUCCACUUUCAUGGCUUAUGAACUUGCUAUGAAAAGCUUUGACAAACUUUAA